AUGGGAACUCUGUUCCCUCUCACAGGUAACAUCACAUGCUCCUCGCUGGAGUUCACCUGUGCGAGCGGCCGCUGCAUCUCCCGUAACUUCGUCUGUAACGGAGAGGACGACUGUGGUGACGGGAGUGAUGAGCAGGAGUGUGCCCCGUCCUCCUGUGGCCCCAGUGAGUUCCAGUGUGGCAAUGCCACCUGUAUCCCUGGCAACUGGGUCUGUGACGAUGACGUGGACUGCCAGGACCAAUCGGAUGAGUCCCCUCAGCGAUGUGGUCGCCAACCCACGCCGCCGGCCAAAUGUUCGUCCAGCGAGACACAGUGUGGGUCUGGGGAGUGCAUCCACCGCAAGUGGCGAUGUGACGGAGACCCUGACUGUAAGGACGGCAGCGACGAAGCCAACUGUUGUAAGUGUGGAGAGGCUUAAUCGGACCACCUGUACGUUCCAGCAGGCCAGCUGAGUAUUUCUUUAAUUUUUUUCCUUUUUGCUGCACAGGUCAGAGAUUGAGCUGGUUUCAUGUAGUCAUAAACAGAGCCUUCCAUUACAAUAAAUGUAUAUUGCAAUAAAAGGCUCUGGUCAUAAAAUGCAUCCUUGUCUCUAUAUUCAGUGUUCAUAGCAGCUAUCAUUUGUGUCUGUUGAUCAUGGUGUAGGCCAGUUGUUCUCAACCAGGGGUACUAGGACCCCUGGGGGGUACUUAGCCUAUCCACAGGGGAUACUUAAGAAGACUCAUGAGACCAUAUGCUUACUGGUAAAAUCCACAUGAAGGGGUACUUCAGGGGUACUCCGGGUAGUGCAAAAUUCAGUUGGUGGCGCAGUGACCAAAAAAGGUUGGAGACCACUGGUGUAGGCAUUAUGAGGGUGCAAAUAAAGGUGGUGCAAAAUCAUGGUGGUUAGUGUAGUGUGUGUGUGUGUAAGGGUUAAUGGUCUAACAGGUCUGUGUGUGUCCUCUCCUCUUCAGCUGUUCGUACCUGCAGACCGGACCAGUUCAAGUGUGAGGAUGGCAACUGUAUCCACGGCAGCAGACAGUGCAACGGUUUGCAUGAUUGUGCAGAUGGCACCGAUGAGGUCAACUGCAAAAACUGUGAGUGUGUUCAACCAGAAGUAAUGUCAUUCCAAAAUUAUACUACUAACAAAAACUGUUUCCGUUGCUAGAGAACGUUUCCUAAACAAGGUUGUUUUCUUCAGUGUUCCUCAUCCCAUAAAUACUGUUAUUCCUGUAUGAAUUGGGUCAAAAGAUGCUCAAUAAAUACUAUAAUUUGAUAUUUCAGGACUACAGUAAUGAUGUUAUCGAAGUGUUGACUUCAAACACACAAAUUAAUUGCUUUGGCUGCACCUGCAAUUUAGCACACCUCUGUUGCUAUGGGGGACAUGCAGAUGGUUGACUCUCAACCUCCUACACCAACUUCUGUUAUACCACUGUACCUCUUUGUGUAGCAUUCCAUUAUCACUACUUUGAAAUGCCACUUUUCUCUUUCACAACCCAGUGACACAGUGCAAUGGCCCUGACAAGUUCAAGUGUCGGAGUGGAGAGUGUAUAGAGAUGAGUAAAGUGUGCAACAAGGCCCGGGACUGUCCAGACUGGAGCGACGAGCCCAUCAAAGACUGCAGUAAGUGGAUGAGAGCCAAACCUGUGUUUUAUUAAGGAGCCGUCUUGUGAUUGUUUAUUCACUAUGAAGAAUCAUGAGGUGUCCUUUGUAGCUCAGUUGGUAGAGAAGACGCUUGUAACGCCAGGGUAGUGGGUUCGAUUCCCGGGACCACCCAUGGGAAAAUGUAUGCACACGUGAUUAAGUCGCUUUGGAUAAAAGCGUCUGCUAAAUGGCAUUUUAUUUAUUAUGUGUGCAUUUACUAAAGUGGGUUAGCUUGUCUAGUGUUUAUUCACAAGUUGCAAUAAUGCGCUGGUUGUAGACUGCAGUACAUUGUGGUAUUGAUACAAGUAUUUUGGCUAUGGGUGUGUUAGUGUAUACUACUAAAUAGAUUUAACCUUUUGACCUGUCCCAUGCAGGCUACCUCGUAUUUUCCUUAUCCAACACUACAGCAAUCGCAUUAGACCACUGUCAUUCAGCCAGCCAAAGCCAGUCCACUGAUUUUGAUUGAUUUCAGGCAGGCCUUUGUUUGUGAAUGAAGUGCUUUAGUAACCACCGUUCUACUGUUUCAGACCUGAAUGAGUGUCUGCUGAACAAUGGAGGCUGCUCCCACAUCUGCAGGGACAUGGUGAUUGGCUACGAGUGUGACUGCACCCCUGGACUGCAGCUCAUAGACCGCAAGACCUGUGGAGGUAGGUGUCAUAUACAAUGAUUAACCCAUACACUAUUCAAUAUAAACUCUCAUACAAAAUAAAGUCAUUUUCAGUUCAUAUUUGCAAUGGGGUAUUGAGACUUAAUACGUUUUUGAAGAUAAUCCACCCGGUUGGUAUCUCUUUUACAUUUGACUUGGUGUCUUUUUUCAUUUUGACUUCCUACUGUGUGUGUGACUUCCUGUUUUUCCCCACCCUCCUUGCAGACAUCAAUGAAUGUAUGAACCCUGGGAUCUGUAGUCAGAUCUGUAUCAACCUGAAGGGAGGUUAUAAGUGCGAGUGCCACAACAGCUACCAGAUGGACCCCACCACAGGAGUGUGCAAGGCUGUGGGUAAGUUGGCUCACCCUGGCCUGUAUACACCAUAUUGUAACCCCAGGAGCACAUGAUGGAGGGAUGUGGAAGCAGAUGUUAGCGAGCUAGAGGGAAGUAGCAUCACUCAUUUUGUCGGCUCUAAUCAGAUCCAACACACUCUGUACGUUUCAUAUCCUUUCCUGAUACAUGCAUUUUAAUUCUCAAACAGCUUUUAAUAUUUCAAGAAAACACAACACCACUAUAAUGGAAUCCAAGUUCAAACAGAAUAGCAGUGAUGUCAUUUACUACAACAACCUUGAUCUGAGAAGUCCAGCUGGGAUGUUUUGGUGCCAUCUGACUGACUUGUGAUCAGUGUUGUUCUAACUGACUUGUGAUCAGUGUUGUUCUAACUAACAUGAGGACAGAACAGACCUAAAGGGCUCCAUUGUAUUGUCAGUAUGAAAGAGUGUCUGUGACUCUCUCUCCUCCCCACAAGGCAAGGAACCCUGUCUAAUCUUCACUAACCGCCGGGACAUCCGGAAGCUGGGUCUGGAGCGGCGGGAGUACACCCAGAUCGUGGAGCAGCUGCGGAACACGGUGGCACUGGACGCAGACUUCACCCAGCAGAGGAUCUUCUGGGCAGACCUGAGCCAGAGGGCCAUCUUUAGGUAGAGACAUGUCCCAGCUCCAUAAGAUGAGGUCGAAACCCCAGAGAUAGUCUAUCAUGGGGAUAUGGGGGCAAUGUUCACCUUGCCCUGGACAUCUUGUUGCUAUUGGUUUUUCAAAACGGUAUGAAAGCAUUUUACAUAGUAAGCUCUAAGAAGGGUAAAGUUCACUGAGCAUAUGUUUCCUAUACUGACCAGCUAUUCAACCUCAACCCUAUGAACUAGGUUUUUGGGUCAAUAUGGGUAAACUCAAACCAAAUACCAAAAUGUUUCCCACCCCCAUUUAGCACUGUAUUGGAUAAGCGAGGAGACGUAGGAAGUCAUGUGAAGGUGAUUGAUAAUGUGACACCUGUGGGGAUCGCUGUGGACUGGAUCUAUAACAACAUCUACUGGUCAGACCUCGGCACCAAGACCAUUGAAGUGGCCAACUUCAACGGCACCAAGCGGAAAGUUCUCUUCAGCAGCGGUUUGAAAGAGCCUGCGUCCAUCGCUGUGGAUCCACUCUCUGGGUAAAGUUACUAUAUUGUAUUGGGGUCCAAAUUUCUGCUUCCAUCUUUUUUGUACCCUCAUAAUAAUUUGAGCUACUCCUUCUGAACUGCUGCUCUUCUCUCGGCUGGUGUUCUAGAUUCCUCUAUUGGUCAGACUGGGGUGAACCAGCGAAGAUUGAGAAGUCUGGUAUGAACGGGGUUGACAGGCAGGUCCUGGUCCAGACUGAUAUUCAGUGGCCCAAUGGAAUCACUCUAGGUGGGUCAGGCUAUGUUAUACCUAAUUUGCAUUUAAUCUUUUGAAGAAGUUCAACUGCUUUCACAGCUACACGGUUUGAUAAACCUAUGAUUUUCCUUCCCUUCUCAGACCUGAUCAAGAGUAGACUGUACUGGGUGGACUCCAAGCUGCACAUGCUCUGUAGUGUGGACCUGAAUGGAGACAACCGUAGGAAAGUGCUGCAGUCCCCAGACUACCUGGCUCACCCCUUCGCUCUCACUGUGUUCGAGGUGCGGCUAUGGGACUCGAUGAGGCGCCCUGAUAUACAUGUAGCAUAUUGCCAGGGCAGUUGAUGGUUGAGAUGGGUUUGUUUUACAUCAGCAAUUUGAUUGCUUCUCAUGUGUUGAUGUUACAGAGCAGAGCAAACGCGUUACCAAGCAAACUCAUGCUUCUAUUGACAUUCAUAAUUGGUAAUUUGCUGAAACUCUGUUUUAAAGAGAUGAGUUGAUUUCAUCAUACUGUAACUGGUUUUCUUUCAACUGUAAAGCCUAUUAUUUGCUCCAUAUGUGUGGGGUCAAUAACGUUGACCUCCUGUGGCAUUUGACAGAAUUACUGGCACAGUAUUAGAAUAAAUAGCCUUUCCAGUCUUCAAUGGUCUUUCCUUCUCUGAAGCAUGGGUCCCAAGCCAUCUCUUCUGGCAUUUGCUCUGGGGUUUAGAGUGUGUGACUCUGUGUGACUGUUUCAGGAUCGAGUGUUCUGGACAGAUGGGGAGAACGAGGCGAUCUAUGGAGCAAACAAGUUCACAGGCGCUGAUGUGAUUACCCUGGCAAGCAAUCUGAACGAGCCGCAGGACAUCAUUGUUUACCAUGAGCUAAUCCAGCUGUCCGGUAAGGCUGCCAGAUGAGGGCAUUGGCCUGACCAGCGGUUUGGGAGGGCUAUGUUAGUCUAGAACACAGGGAUUUGAGCAGCUGUGUUGGUUAGUCUAGAACACAGGGGCUUGGUAGGGAUUUGUUUGCUGCCACUGAAAUUCACAGCUCCCCGCCACAGUCUUAAGUCAACUCCCCUGACCCCUGUAACCCUCGGUGGUAUGCUGUUCCUUUACAGUGCAUGGCAGGAUCCUUAUUUCUGACCUUUACCUAUCUAACUGGCUAGCCUCUCCCCCCACAAAAGUGGACCUCCUUUUAGGCUAUAAACAUGCUGUCAUGUAGGAGUGCCUAAGUUCAUCUGACUUUUUAAAGGCAAAGUAACAAUAGUACUUUACGUAAUGAAGCCUAGCAAUACGGAGCACAGGCAAUGGCUAACUGGUUUCCUCACUUUUGAUUCCAUACAGGAACAAACUGGUGCAAUGAGAAGGGUCUGAACGGAGGCUGUGCCUACAUGUGCCUGCCAGCUCCACAGAUCAACAAAUACUCCCCGAAGUACACGUGUGUGUGUCCGCAAGACCAGACGCUCGCCUCAGACGGCCUUCACUGCAGACCAGGCAAGUACUGUAACGUUAGCCCCAUCAGGUCGGGCAGCAAGGGGUUAAACUGUGCUGUGAUGCUGAGUGAGUUUUCAGGAGCCCUCAGUCUCUUUAGAGGCCUUUCAUUCCCAUUCUGCUUCUGAGUCACCCAAUCAUUUCUCUCCCCUCCCUUUUUGUGUGUGUGUGUGUGUGGCAUAUCUAAGUAAGAGUGUGUGUGUGUGGCAGUUCAAAUGUGUUGCUUGUGAAGCCUGACUGCUGUAUCCAGGCUGAGUCUCUGUUUGCCUGCAUUCUGCUCCGUCCCCCUGCCCUGCUGAAGCCUCUGUGUGCUGCGUUGGUCUCUUUUCUUUCCCUCCCAGAUCCACUGAUGUUUGGGUAUAUAGUAGAGAUGGUGCCAGGCUUUUAAACACCCUCUGAGUGAAUGAACCACCCAGGACGCAGAGAGGACGGGGGAGGGGACCGGGGGUGAUGUAGGGGCCAAUAAGAGGGACGCCUGUCACUUGAUGAAUGCUUUACAUACAGCUUUUUAGAUUUGAUCCAGAAAGUGACAUGUUUUAUACCCCAAUAGAAGCAAACUGAAUUAAUUUAAUGUAUUGUCUGGUUAUUGAUGGAAUGCUAGGCUAUCUGGUCGUGUGCUUUGAUGCUUUUCAUUUUGAGUGUGAUAAAGGGGUCCAAUUUGGUUAGAGGGUACUAACGGGGUAAAGCUCGCUCACUCAGGUUAUGCACCCCACUGACAUUAACCAAGAUCUAUCACCUACUAUACCCUUAUGCGUGUCAUGAAGAGGGUAGCCUAUGCAUUUAUUACUCCAUUUAAUCUUCAUUAAAUUAUCAAAUGAAUAAAGGUGAUUUAGGCCCAGUAAUGAGUCUAGUAUGGUGAUUUAUAUUUUGCUGAUUCGUCUGAUCUCAACCAAUCAUUCUCUCCCGCUUCACAUGAUUCCUGCUUCAUUUAAUUCAUGCCAUUCAUAAUCAUAAGAGCCGCCUUCUGUUUUGUCACUACUAUAGAGUACUUACUAUAGGUCCUACCGUUUUCAGCUCAUUUCCCAAUUCCUUUGGCCAGUGAAUAUCUGAACAGGGUUCUAUGGUUAGCUGGACAUUUAGUAUAGAAAUUGGGUGUUAUUUUCCUUUAAUUUUGGAUCACUUCUGCAUGUCUUCAUACGGUACUUUGCGUUUGUGCUUCGCUUUGCUCCAUUUACAUGUUUUUCCACUAGGAAUUCAUUUCACAUAAUGUAACAUGACAAAGUGCCGUGUAUUGCAUGGUAACAAGCUUUUCUGUAGUCAGAAUGUAAAUGUUCGAUUUUGAAGUUUUGCCAAAGCAUUACUCUGCUCCCUUAUGACAGUGACACCUUCAGCUCCCUCAAAGGAUGAUGGGAAAGCUCUAAUACAUCCCACUCACCCCCAAGGUAAAGCCGUCAACCGCCUGCCUGCCUGGCCUGCCUGGAUAGCCAUGCAUCAGGACCCAGUGGACUAGUUUCAUGGCCUUUUGGGUUCUGAGUUUCUAGAAUAAUUUCAUACUAGAAUGACUGUCUGGUCUGGCUCCUCUGUGCUACCUAUCGUCAUGGUGAUUAGCCUAUUAGCAUGCAGCCUGCUACUAGGGGUGUUGUGAGGUGGUGGGAAGAUGGGAAGUUGGUCAGUCAUGUAAAGAUGUCUGGAGUGUUUGACAGCACGGGAACGUUUAUGUGGAUUUAGGAAGUAUGCCAUCCACCCAGGAAUCCACCCAAAAAUAUUUAAAGGAACUUUUAAGUGACAUCUACAAUUAGCUGUUGGACGCAUGCAUAAUUUAGGACCAUAAUCAAAGUAACAAAUAUUGCAUUUCAUUUGAUAAGCCCGCUUUUUAAGUAAUUUCUUUAGGCAGAUUUUUCUAGGAUGUUUUAAUUUGUAAGAUUCCUUUUGUUGCACUGAUCCCAGUGUUUUGUUUCGUUCAAAGCGACCACAGUGCCAAAAGUUGUCCCCAAACCUGUCCCUGCUGGUAAGACCCAGUUUUUCUUCCCUGAUUGAGCCAGUACAUUGAGCCCUUUGUGAAAAGAAGUGGUAGAUUUCCUUAGACUAUGAUUGUGCCAAAACACUGGUCUGUCAGCCUGGCCCUGCCAGCUCCUGUUGGCCAUAAUGUUCCAGAGCCCAGCUGACCCCCAAGGGGUUGCCAGAAACCACAGAACCACCCCAGUUGGCAGACAAGCAGAAAAGAUCCUCAUCUUUGUUCCCCCUUCCAUUCAUCCACUUGUUUGCAAGUCCUGUCACUACCCUGACUCUCGUCUCAUAUCACCCAUAAUUACUCAUGACUAGUCAAGUGUAUUGUACUGGUUACAACUGAUCUUACACUAAUAAGAGACUAAUGGAGAAAAAGACAUGAACCAGUAUAUGACAUUUUGGUAUUUAUUUUUACAUGGUCCCUCAAAAGAUUCACGCUCUCUCUUAGACUAACAUGUUCUAUUGUAGAAGCCAACAGCAGUACAUCCAUCCAUGAGGUGAACUGGACAGCUAGAGGAUCUGCAGCUGCCUGGGCUAUCCUCCCUGUGUGUAAGUGCUACUGCCCAGCCCUCUCUGCCUCGUUCCAUCUCUGCCCCUCUCUCGCUUUCUGGCUCGUUCUGCCUCUCCACCUCGCACUUUCUUUUGACCCCUGCAGCUGUCUAUGAAUCAUGCAUUAAAGGCCACUCAACUGUAUGAUAAAUGGGUGGAUGAGCAAUACUUCAAUGGUUUUCCUAGCUGUAGUAGUUAUUGAUUGAAUGUCGUGAUUUAUUAAAGUAACCCUUGAAUAGCACAGGUGCUAUGGUAACCUUAGCGCUUGAUAGCUGGAUUUGAACCAUCUAAAACUAAUACAGUAUUGUUUAUGUUUUGGCCUCUCUCUCCAGUGUUGCUUGCCAUGGCUGCAGCAGGAGGCUACUUGAUGUGGCGUAACUGGCAGCUGAAGAAUAAAAAGAGCAUGAACUUCGACAAUCCAGUGUACCUGAAAACCACAGAAGAAGACCUCAACAUUGAUAUCAGCAGGCACACCUCCAAUAUAGGCCACACAUACCCAGCAGUAAGAAGCCUACUUGAGCGAUUGGGAGUCAUCACUUCUGUAAAUAACUUCCAAUCCCUUUUGCUUUGUGACUGAUGACCGUACAUUUACCACCCUCUAAACUGCUUAUCUUAAGCAAGGAUUGUUACUGGCAGCCAGACCACUUUAGCGCUUAUUAAUUGGUUAGAUUCUCUGCGAAUGACCACUUUCCAUUGUGCUUUUGUCUUCCUUCCAGAUAUCAGUGGUGAAUACAGAAGAUGACUUGUCAUAACCAACCUUCCAAAUGACCCCCAUCGGUUUACUGACCCUUUGGUCUCCAUGCCAAUGACCUCCGCUUCUUUAGCAGAGUUACAACCAGAUGCCUUCUGAAGAGCAUGAAGUUGUGUUUUCUGGGGGAUGUUUGUCAUUUAGUUGUGUGAAUAUGAAUUGUCUUACUCACACUCGGGCUGUGUUUAGACCGGAAGCAAAAUUCUGAGUAUUUUUCUUUUUCCCACAAAUUGGUGUUUUGACCAAUCAGAUCAGCUCUGAAAAAGAUCUGAUGUGAUUGGUCAAAAGACCAAUUGGUAGGAAAAAAAUAUCAGAAUUGGGCUUCCUGUCUAAACGCAACCUUAGUGUGUCCAAAGUGUCAAGGGAUUUUGGGAGCUUGGCCUCUACAUCCUCACUCCUUCCCCCUCAGCCCUAAAACAUUUAAAAUAUUCUACUACAUACACUACAACCUUGCGUUACUUCAGAACACUGGACGGGUUUGUGUGUGUGUGUGUGUGUAAAAGUAAGUGAGGUGAUGCAGGGAGAGAUCCUGGUUCUGACCUUCAGUCCCCUAGUGGACAAGUGUCUUUGUGAAUAUUUAUGAAAAGCAUACUUUAGGCAGUACUGUCUUAAAAUAUGUAUGUUUUUUUCUUAUCAACAUUACCUCCAGAAGCACAUUCUUCUAAAGCAUUUUUGUGUGACUGCUGGGAAUAUGAGCGCUAUAGGGAAUGUGAUGGUACUACAACAUUUGUAAAAUAUUGUACAUAAACCCUCUUCCCCUAAGAACAGAAUCAGGACUCUCAAGCACUUUGAUCAAAUGUUCCACUGUAAAUAAGAUUGUAUACAUUUGACAGAAUACAUUUAUGCUAUGGUUGGGCAUAGUACCAGGGUAGAGUAAAAAUUUAUUUAAAACUGAAUUUGUUAAACUAUUUUGUAUGUUAGUGUUCUGUUGCUGUGACCUUUUCUAACCUUGUACAAUAUGGGGGACUAAAUACUGUAUCGUGAAGAAAAUGAUUUGCAAUCACUUCAAAUAAAACAAACCCCCACAAGUCGUUCAAAACUCAUUGCUUGACUUUGAGGAAUUGGGUAUUGUCCUAUACCACCAUGUGUCUAGGGCUACAUUCUGAUUCUCUACAGUUCUCCAGAAUUGUGCACUUGUACACACCUCUCAUUGAUUCAAAAGGAACUGACGGGUGUGAGGAUGUCAUG